UGAAGGCGAGGAGCAUCCGAGCUCAGAACGGCCGUCCUGCGGGCGACGGGGUUCCCCUCUCAGGCAACAUGGACAGGUAACAGGAUAUUGCUUUGCUGCUGGGCCAGAGAGUGAGAAUGACGGAGUGCUUCUUGCCUCCCACCAGCAGCCCCAGUGAGCACCGUAGGGUGGAGCAUAGCGGGAGUCUUGCCCGAACCCCAAGCUCUGAAGAAAUCAGCCCGACAAAAUUCCCAGGCUUGUAUCGAACUGGUGAACCUUCGCCUCCCCAUGACAGCCUGCAUGAACCUCCGGAUAUUGUAUCUGAUGAUGAAAAGGAUCAUGGCAAGAAAAAAGGAAAAUUUAAGAAGAAAGAGAAAAGAACGGAAGGUUAUGCAGCCUUCCAGGAAGACAGCUCUGGGGAUGAAGCGGAAAGUCCAUCCAAGUUAAAACGCUCCAAGGGGAUCCAUGUCUUCAAGAAGCCGAGCUUCUCCAAAAAGAAGGAAAAGGAUUUUAAGAUAAAAGAAAAACCCAAAGAUGAAAAGCACAAGGAGGACAAGCACAAAGAGGACAAGCAUAAAGAGAAAAAAUCAAAAGACUUAACAGCAGCAGACGUUGUCAAACAGUGGAAGGAGAAGAAGAAAAAGAAAAAGCCAAGUCAGGAGGCAGAGAUACCACAGGUGGAUGUUCCCAGGUAUCAACCUGUGUUUGGCGUCCCUCUGGCAGAUGCAGCAGAAAGGACCAUGUUAUAUGAUGGCAUCCGCCUGCCUGCGGUUUUCCGGGAAUGUAUAGAUUAUGUAGAGAAAUAUGGCAUGAAAUGUGAAGGCAUCUACAGAGUUUCAGGAAUUAAAUCAAAGGUGGAUGAGCUAAAAGCUGCCUAUGAUCGAGAAGAAUCUCCGAACCUGGAGGAAUACGAGCCCAACACUGUAGCCAGCUUGUUGAAGCAAUACCUGCGAGAACUGCCUGAAAAUGUGCUUACCAAAGAGCUGAUGCCACGCUUUGAAGAUGCCUGUGGGAAGAGCACGGAGGCUGAGAAAGUGCAAGAGUGCCAGCGUCUCCUGAAAGAGCUGCCAGAGGGCAACCGUCUUCUGAUUUCCUGGCUGGUGGUGCACAUGGACCACGUCAUCGCAAAGGAGCUGGAGACAAAAAUGAACAUCCAGAACAUUUCCAUAGUACUCAGCCCUACGGUUCAGAUCAGCAACCGUGUCCUGUAUGUUUUUUUUACUCACGUUCAAGAGUUCUUUGGAAAUGUGACUCUCAAGCCAGUGACAAAGCCUCUUCGUUGGUCUAACAUGGCAACAAUGCCAGCAUUGCCAGAAACCCAAGAAAGCAUCAAAGAAGAAAUUAGACGCCAGGAGUUCCUUUUGAACUGUCUGCACCGAGACCUGCAAGUGGGGAUCAAAGAUUUAUCCAAAGAGGAGAGGCUAUGGGAGGUGCAAAGAAUUUUGACUGCCCUCAAGAGGAAGCUAAGAGAAGCUAAGAGACAAGAGUGUGAGACAAAGAUUGCCCGGGAGAUUGCCAGCCUUUCAAAGGAGGAUGUUUCCAAAGCGGAGAUGAACGAGAAUGAAGAAGUUAUUAAUAUUCUACUUGCUCAGGAGAAUGAGAUUUUGACAGAACAAGAAGAACUACUGGCAAUGGAGCAGUUUUUGCGCAGGCAGAUAGCCUCUGAAAAGGAGGAGAUAGAUCGCCUCAGAGCAGAAAUAGCAGAAAUUCAAAGCCGCCAGCAUGGUAGAAGCGAAACUGAGGAAUAUUCUUCUGAAAGCGAGAGUGAGAGUGAAGACGAGGAAGAGCUACAGAUAAUCUUGGAAGACUUGCAAAGGCAGAACGAAGACCUGGAGAUUAAGAACAACCAUCUGAACCAAGCGAUUCAUGAGGAGCGGGAAGCCAUCAUUGAGUUGCGAGUGCAGCUUCGGCUUUUGCAGAUGCAGCGGGCGAAAUCAGAGCAGCAGGUGCAGGAAGAAGAAGAGCUUGAGAAGCGGGGAAGCACAUCGCAGCAGCCACUGCCAAGAGACUCUGUCCCCCCAGAGACGAAAGCAGUGAAAGAACAGCCAAAGGUAACCAAGGAGCCAGUGAAGCCAUCGCCAAGCAAAGACAGAAAGGAAACUCCAAUCUAAUUGGAUUCCUCAGGUAUUCAGAAUAUCUCCUGGGCAAAGCCAGGACCGUGCAACUUACUGUAAAUCUGAGGUGUGUACAUUCCUGUAAAUAAUCUUCUUUUACACCAUGGAGACAUUUUGUCUCCUUCCUACCUGUGGCUUCUGCCUAUCAGGCUCAGGUUACUUGGAAGGACAAAGCAAUUUGAGAUGGGGCAUGAGGAGAAGGGGAAGGGGGUGCAGCACAGCAGUUAUUUGGCCAUGUCAUAAAUUGAUUUCAGGUGACCGUAAAGUACU